GGAGGGGCAAUGAAGCUUUUAGUAGCCGCCAUGUUUUUCUCUGAGUGGGGUGUGUAGAAGAGGCCGGGGUGAAAAUCAUCUCUCGAGGCAUGCAGUGUCAAAAUGGGAAGGAGACUAUAUUUGUUAUCCUUCACUAAGACCUGCCAGCCUCAUUUCCACAAGAUAUCCACCACCUGCACAAGAACUAAGUAAUUUUUAAUAUCAACGUAACUGAAAUCACAAGAAGUACCACCAUUGAUUGUGGGCAACGAAACUAAAAGUGAGAAAUUAUAAGUAACAAAGAGAAAAAAAAAGAACAUUUAUCAAGCUAGUAAAUGUCAAGGUGGUGGAUUCAGUAAAAUUGAAACAUUAAAGGACAAUAAUAUAAUACAGUAACUCUAUUGUAAAUAGGAGAGAAGAUGAUCACCCUGGAGGUAGUGAAGUCUGUAAAAGUUCCUGGGUCUAGGAGGAGCUUUAUUAAAAGGAAAUGAGGAAUCCGGCAUUGCAUCUGGUCGGAAUAGCGACGUCCCCUGGUGGAGGUGAAGUUUUUGGUACCAGGGCCGAGGAGGAGUUGCGCCAGUGGCUCGAGGCACGCUUGGACGCAUUGGGAAUUGACCCCGUUGCGUACUCGCGAUUUGUGCUCAGCCUAUUGCGCUGCCCCGACUCGGCCCUAAGCCCACCAGAAGAAGCAGUAGGUACAGGUAGAAACGGAGGGCGUCGCAUUCGGGCCCGACCUAAAGCAAAACUGCCCACGCAAGGAGAUAGAGAGCAAAGACGUGCUGUCGUGCAAUGUUUAACAAGUGCUGCUGAUAAUAAGUGUGGUGUGGAAACGUUGGUCGACGAAUUAUGUAUGAAACUUAGAGACUUGGAAGGAGGCGGUUCAGAUGAAAAGGAAGAAGAAUUUAAGAAGUCCAAUGAUGAAAAUAAAACAAAUUUAGAGUCGCUUACACCUCGCGACAGAGCUCUCAGAUAUUACGCGGCAUUUCCUGCUUUACAACCUACAACCUUGAAAAAAUUUUCUCAGAAAAAAGAUCGGAAUUUUGGAAAUAAUAAUAAUAAUAAUAAUAAUAAUAAUAAUAAUAAUAAUAAUAAAAUUAACGGAGUCAACUAUAAUAAUAAUAAGAAUACUAAUAAAUCUCGCAAUAAAAAAACAAAAAUGUCUAUUAGUAUUGACUCACGAAGAUCAGAAGAAAAAGAAAGUUUUGGAUUUGCUAAAUCAAUGGAACUUGAAAGAGAAAAAGAACUAGAAUUGGAAUUGGAUAAACUUCGAUUGGCACAAUUACAAGCAAAGUUUGACGAGAGCUUGGAAGCACUUUGGGAUUCAGGACCAGGCAAUGCACAAGACACGGCUUCGAUUUGGGCAGCACCUACACUUUCUAUUCCUUCAGGACCCCUUUGGCCGACAGAUACUACCGAGACAAUCUUUACUUUAUCCACCUCAGACAAUGGUUAUGCUACUGACACGCCGUAUCAGGAAUCUAUUGUUGACGACUCGCCGCUUAUUCCAUGGGACAUCGAUUUAAUCAGCAUUGAAGAUUAUGCGGAUGAAUAUAGUAACAAAAAUAAAUCAGAGAACAAUGUUAACUGGUCUGACUCAGCUAUGGAUGGAUCAUGGUGCUGGAAAGGGCUUGGUAGUAAUUUAGCUACCUUGGGCCACAGUCCUCAGACAGGUAGCUGCUUCUUUCCAGUCGCUCCGCGUAAAACUCCCAUUGGAACACGCAAAGAAUCUCGUUCAAAUCUGAAAGUAAACAGCCUUCCAGAACCGGACGAGGAUUUGCUUACUUCCGCUCGCACACACUUUCGUCCAAUAAAGGAUGAUGGUCAGUGGGCCGAUGGGACUACAUUUCCUGUGAACAAUACUUUAGAGCGGGUCGCAUAUCGCAGAUCUGAGUCAGGAAACUUGUUAUAUCUACCUGGUGGAGAGAGUCCUUACAUGGAGUAUCGAGAGAACGACUCAUCGCUUUCUCCAGUAUCUUCGAAUUUAACGUUGAAAUUCAGGGUGCGUCAAUGCGACAAGUGCGUUCAAACCGAGCCCAUUCGAUCUCCGGUCAAACGCAGAAUUCUCUCCGAACAGGAUCAUUUUCAUUAUACUCCAAUUGGAGUGGAAGAUACUGUUAUUCGCGAAGAAGAGAAUGUCGAGAAAGAUUGCUAUGCAUUGGGUCAACUGGGCUGGGUACGAUCUAAUGUACCUCUGCACAAUGAUAGGAAAAGAAGGCACAGUAGCAGUUUCGGAUGCCAGCCUCUGACGACUUUGCGUCCGUUGACCUUAUGAACUGGAACUUAAUAUGAGCUGCUACAAAUGCUAUGUGACUGGAAGGUUUGAGGUGUAGUUAUGCUUUUUUCUCAAGAUGACGACGUAAAUUGUUAACAGAGAAAGAAAAAUAAAAGAAUAUGACAUCGGGGGGCCUCUUGGCAUGUGGAAUUUGUUAUGCAUGUAUCCAAGAUGGUGCCGUUAAAUGAAAAAAAAAAAAAAAAAUGUAUCCCCCGUUGUCGUUGAACAGAGUAAAAAAAAAAAAAAAAAAAAAUAUUAACGGUCGUAACGCGAGCGAAGCGAGACGAAAGAAAUAUUAAACGUUCAUUUAGAUAAUUAUUAUUAACCCUUUGAAAAAUAAAAAGGAAAAAAAAAAGAACGGAAUGAAAUAGAAAGAAAAAAAAAAAGGUAUAUAUGUUACGCAACGUUCAACGAUGAGAACGUGUGCAAAAGAGAAAGGAAAAAAGUAUCGAGAACGUAGUCAAUGAGAUUUCGUUUGUAGCUUGUUGAUAAUUUUAUGUGAACUUUUUCGAGGAGAAAGAAACGAAAACAAAAAAAAAAAAAAUAUAUAUAUAUAUAUAUAUAAUUAGUGCGCUGAUUUUUCUAGAAAUUGUAGCGUGCAGUUUUUUCCUUUUUUGUUUCUUAUCUGAUGUGCAGGCGUUCAUUGUAUGUUUGCAUUGGAUGCACUGCAGGAAAGAGAGAAAAAAUGAAAAUAACGAGUAACUAAGAAAAAAUGCCAAAAAAAGAAUGAAAUUAACUUAAAAAAAAAAAAAAAAAAAAAAAAAAAAAAAGAGAGAGAAGAGCCAAAAGAAUAAAAUUCGAGGAUGGAGUACUUAUAUAAGUAUGAAUAAAAAGGAUAAAAAAAAGUGCCGCACGAUAUUAAACCGAGAACCAUCGAAGUACUAUUCUAUUUUCUUGUUGUUUUUUUUUUUCGUAAUUAUUAAUGGAUUAUCUUAAUUAUAUCCACCUAAUUAUAAUUUAACAUCCUAGAUGAUUAAUACCCUGUCCCAAUUCCAUCAUCCAUCAGAUCCCAUGUUUUAAAGAAACCCAGAGUAUCCAAUGCUUUUCCAAUGCUCCCUCAGAGAAAAUAUUAUUGAAGACGUACAUGUGAGGAAAAAAAAAAAAAACAAAAAAUAUAUAUGUAUAUAUAAAAAAAAAAGAAACGUAUAACACGAAAAAAAUACUACGCCUAUCUUGGCGAAGUUAAGCGGACGAAAAUAUGAGAGGAACAUCAUUAGAAAAAAAUAAAUGCCUUUUAAAGAGAAUGAAAAAGAGCGAGUAAAAUGUUAUUAAAAAAAAAAAAAAAAAAAAACGUGAUGAUAAUGUUAAGACGUGGCGAAGAAGAUAGUUUAAAAUGACAAGCGAGGUACAUGAAUUGCGAUAUGGAAAAAGUGGAAGUAUAAAGAAAAGAUACGAAAGAACAUUCGAACAUGAAUUCUCUGCGCAAAAUAAUGUAAAGGGAGUAACCAAAUAAAGGCAUUGCAAACGC